AUGUGGUGGGGAAAGAGGCCAUACAAACCUCCUGAAGGGACAUCUCCGCAGCGGUCGCCACUCGAAGCGAAAGAUGAGCCGAAGGAUCCCGCGGCGUUCGAUCCCCAUAAGAAACCGGAGCAGAAGAAGCUGCCCAAAGGUCUGCAGAAGAUAAUGGACGAGGCGGACGAGGAGGAGAACUUCUACGACGAGUUGGUCGAAGGAUACACCCCCCCCUCGACCGAGUUUAGCGUCCGCUACGCCGCCUACGCAACCCGGCUGCGCAAUAUUCCCCUCGCGGCGCACCGUUACACCGCAUACGCCUUUGGAGUUGGUGAAUCCUUCCGACCCGCCCAGCACCCAUGGCUCGUGCGCGGCACCUACGGCGUAUCGUUUGCGUACAUACUCGGCGACGUCUCCUACGAGGGUUACAAGGCGUUCCGGCAUAACCAGCGCGUGCUCAACCCACAGCUGGAACUGACUUCACGCCAACAGAAGGCUACGGAGCGAGGUGAGGCGACACCAACGGGCGGGCCUGUGGUGGCUCCAUCAUCAGAGGACAGAGCAGCAGCGGUAAAACCGGGGAAGAUAGCGCCGCUCGAGGAUUACCGUACUGUCAUGUUGCAGCGCGCUCUGUUCCAGAGCAUCGCAAGCAUAGGCCUACCGGCGUUCACGAUCCACAGCAUCGUGCGGUACUCGAGCCGCAUGAUGAAGAACUUCAAGUACAAAACUGUGAAGAUAUGGGCGCCUAUUGGCCUGGGACUCUCGGUCGUACCAUUCCUGCCGUCACUCUUUGACAAGCCGGUUGAGGAUGCGGUGGAGUGGGUCUUCUACAAAGGGUUCGUGGCAUACGGAGGCAAAGAGGCCGUGGGCGAGGCGUCGCUGAUUGGCCGAGAGAGGCAGCUGAGCGAGAGGCUGAAGCAGAGAGAGAGGGAGCUAUAG